CAAACGCCACAACCCGAUCGAAAACAGACUUCUUCUCUUACAUCGUUGGUUUCUUCCACCACUCCGAUCGAUCCAACGCCGCCGUUUCAAUCUCCUCUUCGAUCGCCUGUGAUCGCUUUGAUCGGCAGAGCACCGGCCGGCGGCGAUGCAGCACGGCAGCGAUUACAGCUCGUACUACGCCCCCCAGUCCCCGCCUCCCCCCACCAAUCCCAGUUCUGUCCCCGCCGAAUUACCUCCGUCCACCCCGAUCCAGCAAUUGUACGCCUCGGCGCCGCCGUACUCCACCGAUUUCCCGCUCGCCGCUGCCCCCGGCCCCGCCCCAUCCUCCUACGCCCCCUUUUCCCAGAAUCCGGAGCCCGCUUCCUGUCUACCCCCUUCGGUGCCGUCCUACGGUCAACCCCAAUCCCAGUUACCUCCCCAAUUUCCCUCAUUUCCACCUUACAAUUCGUCGUCCUACCCGCCGGAGACAUCGCCAUCGCCAACGGCAUCGCUGUAUCCUCAUCAGCAGCCCUCUUCAGUUCCAUAUUAUCCCUACGAUCCCAAUCAGCUGGCCACCGGGAGUCAUGCCUCACCUAUGAACCCAAUCUCCGUGCCCACGUCUUCCCCCAACCCAAGCUCCUCCUUGUCCUCUCCUUACACUUCUUAUAACGUUUCUCAACAGAGCUCUGCCAUGAUGCCUGAACAAGAGGCACAGUACUUCAAUGACAAUUCUGGGAGGUAUGGUGCGAGUAUGAACGAUGGGUAUGGGCACAGCCGAUCCGGUUUCGGUCAGGAGUUCCAUGAGAAAAAUCUUUAUGCUGGGAUGCACUACGAUGAGUUUGGUCCGCAGGAUGAUGGGCUUGGUGAUGGCGUGUACCAGUAUGAUGGGGGGAGAUCGGAACCAUAUGGUUCUCGUGGGACGGUACCCACUAGGUCGCCGACCCUCUUUGAUGAUUACGGGAGGUCAGUAAGCUUCCCUUCGGUUGGGAAUAACCAAGGAGGAAGCGUUGGGAAAAUCGUCAGAGCAGUGCCAAAGGAGGACAUGCAGCCGGAUGUGAAUAAUGGGCAGAAGUUCAGGGUGAAGCUGUUGCUUGAAGGGGGAGGACAGAACACUACGGACGUACUUUGCCAGAUUGGAUUGGAUGGGAUUCGCAUGCUUGACCCAAGCACUAAUAGGACAUUGAGAAUCUACCCUCUUGAGACUGUGACAAGAUGGGAAGUAUUGGAUUCAUCUACAUUUGCCUUUUGGUCCAAGAGCUUUGUUGACAUCGAUCCAAGGCGCAUAAGGCUUCAGUCAAACAGCUACACCACAAACACCAUACUUGACACAGUGACAGCUGCUACAGUGCAGCUUAAGGAGAUGGGUGGAAAUGGUAGCCUAACCAGAGGCGAAGAAGCUGCUGAUGCUAGCAAGGUAUCUGAUCAAUCAGCUGAAAGGAAAAAAAGUUUGGUGAACUGGAUGAACUUGAUUAAACCUGCUAAUGAGGAGAAAGAUCACUGGGUUCCGGAUGAAGCUGUUAGCAAAUGCACAUCAUGUGGAUCAGAUUUUGGAGCUUUCAAUCGCAGGCAUCAUUGCAGGAAUUGUGGCGAUAUUUUCUGCGACAAGUGCACAAAGGGUAGAAUUGCUCUCACUACAGAAGAAAAUGCUCAGCAAGUCCGAGUUUGUGAUAGAUGCAUGGUGUCUGCAUAACCUUUUGGGUUCAGG